AUGUUGAGCCGCGCCAUCUUGCCUCUAACGAGGCCCAAUGUCCUAGCUUCCGCUACUCGAGCUUCAAGGGUUUCGGCCCUGUCCGCUCAGCGACCCCGGUGGUACGCUAAGGGCAAAGACAGUCCAUAUGAGCUCCCCCAGACACUCAAGUCCAAGAAGUCCAAGGCUGCUGCCGAGGCUUCUCAAUCUCAACAUUCAAAGGAACAGCCCGAGUUUGAGACCAAGGCUAAAUCAGAGACCGAUGCGGCAGAUACUGUCGAGACCGAACAAAUCCCAAACCAGCCCCUGCCCGACCUAACCCAGGGUAUUCCCUCGACAUUGGCCGCUGAGUUGGAAGGCCGCACAAAGAAAGGCGGCGCGUCACAGCUGAACCUUACAGAGGAUCCUACUCAAGGUGAAGAAUAUAGCGAGGAUGGUCGAGGAGGUGGUGAUAUCCCAAAGAGUGGAUAUGAGACCUCUUUGGAUCGCCGCAAGGCUCGUAUGGCCAACAUCAUGUACGCAGUGAUGCUGGCUGCUGGUAUUGCGGGUAUGGCCUACCAAGGUCGCAACUGGGAUACCGAGGAGGAGGAGCGCGCUCACGUUGAGCAACCAUCCGGCUGGAGCUUGGGUCUCUGGUGGAACCGUAUCAAGGCCCGUACUGGAGACCUCACCAGCUACUACAAGGAUCCUGCUUUCCCUAAGCUGCUCCCCGAUGAGGACCCCAACAUGCGCCAGCCAUACACCCUCGUUCUCAGUCUGGAGGAUCUGCUUGUUCACAGCGAGUGGAGCCGCGAGCACGGAUGGCGUGUGGCUAAGCGUCCCGGUGUUGACUACUUCCUUCGCUACCUCAACCAGUACUACGAGCUUGUUCUGUUCACCAGUGUGCCUAGCAUGAUGGCCGACCAGGUUCUCCGAAAACUCGAUCCUUACCGCAUUAUCCGUUGGCCCCUGUUCCGUGAAGCUACCCGCUACAAGGAUGGAGAGUACAUCAAGGAUCUUUCUUACUUGAACCGUGACCUGUCAAAGGUCAUCCUCCUCGAUACCAAGGAGGAGCACGCCCGCCUGCAGCCUGAGAACGCCAUUGUGCUUGACAAGUGGACUGGUGAUGCCAAGGACAAGACCCUCGUUGCCCUGAUUCCCUUCCUCGAGUACCUUGCUGGCAUGGGCGUGGAAGACAUCCGUCCUGUUCUGAAGUCAUUCGAGGGCGCCGAUAUCCCAGCUGAAUUCACCAAGCGUGAGAAGGCUAUGCGUGAGCGCUUCGAGAAGGAGCUCGCUGAAGAGCAGAAGAAGAAGCCUUCUAUCAGCAUGGGUAGCGUUGCCUCCGCUCUGGGUCUCAAGUCCACCCGUACCCCCGAUGGCGAGAUCUCUCCUUCCGAAGGUCUUGCCCAGGGCAAGAUGCUGUGGGAUCAGAUCCGUGAGCGUGGCCAGAAGAACUACGAGCUGAUCGAGCGGGAGAUCCGCGAGAAUGGCGAGAAGUGGCUCGCUGAGAUGGCCGCCGAGGAGGAGAAGGCCCGCCAAGAGCAGAUGCAGAGCAUGAAGGGCUCUUUCACUGGCAUGUUUGGUGCUGGCGGUGACAAGCAGUAA